CUUAUGCGGGUCUCUUCAGCAAGUCGGCUGUUCAAUGAAGGAAGCUGAUCCUGUUGCCCACGCAACAAGCACACACCCACACACCCCUCCCCGCUGAGCUGUUUCUAUUAUUUAUUAUUUUCCCAACCCCUGGGGCAAGGAACACCAGCUUGGAAAUGGAAACCAAAGAUCCUACUGGAAAAGAAAGUGCAGGGCUCAGGAAAAAGAACCUAACCUUCCUUAGACAGAAGUUGUACAUGCUGGAGAGGAGGAAGACAGACACGGUGGUGGAGAGCAGCAUUGCUGGAGACCUCCACAGCAGCUCUGGAACCCUGCGGAGGAGCCAGUCUGACAGAAGUGAAUACAACCAGAAAUUACAAGAAAAGAUGGCACCACAUGCUGGAUCUGUAGGACCAGUUGGUUUACCCUUGGAAACUGAAGAACAACUGAUUAAGCGAAUGAUGGCCAGAAGGCAAAAGAUAAUUGCAGAAAUACUUCAGACAGAAAGAGAUUAUCUUGGUGAUCUGGAACUCUGCAUCAGAAUAGUGGUUGAGCCCUUGAAAAAAAGGCAGAUUGCUCGACUUGAUGUGGACUGCUUAUUUAGCAACAUUGAAUCGGUCCAUGAAAUAUCAUCCAAACUGCUGUUAUCACUGGAAGAAGCAACAUCAGAUGUGGAAGCAGCCACGCAAGGAAUUGGGCAGGUGUUUCUGCAGAUUAAAGAUGUGCUGGAAGAAGCAUAUAAAAUCUACUGUUACCAUCAUGAUGAUGCUCACAUUCUGCUGGAAUUCUAUGAAAAAGAUGAGGAAUUGAAACAGUGUAUAAAAGACUGCCUACAAUCCUUAAAAAAGAUAUAUGAAGAAGGGGGAAAACCAAAUCUACUAGAUAUGGGAUCUCUGAUGAUCAAACCAAUACAACGUGUAAUGAAGUAUCCUUUGUUACUAUGUGAGCUCUUGAAUGCAACUCCCAGGUCUCACCCUGACCACAAAGCACUACAGGAUGCCUCGGUUGCUAUGAAAGCUAUGAAUAUGAAUAUAAAUGAACUUAAAAGGAGAAAGGAUAUAGUGCUUAAGUAUAAGAAGAAUGAUGAAGAUGAAUCUUUGAAAGAUAAAUUUUCAAGGUUAAAUAUUCACUCAAUUAGUAAAAAGUCCAAGAGAGUGACUGGUCACCUGAAGAUUCUGACUGGAGGAGAACCUCAGGUGAAAGAUGAAAUUUUUAAUAAAGAGGAGAAGUUAUUCAAAAGCUUAGAAAAGACGGUCAAACUAUGCGUGAAGAAUAUUUCAUUGUCUCUUCAGCAUUUAGAAGAUUCUGUAUUUCUGGGAGCACAGAGCAUAACUGAUUUUCAGGAUCUACUAUCUGAGAAUGAAGAUGGGGUAAACAGAUCUUCAAACACAUUGAUUAAUGUUGGGAAUCCCAGCGAACUAUUUCUGAAUCAAGUAGACAAGAUGGUGCUGACUCCACUGACUACACUGCAAGCCCUUUUCCUAGGCCCACAGAAGCUCAUCCAAAAGCGUUAUGACAAACUUCUGGAUUAUAAUAGCUUGUAUCCAAAGGCCUCAGGGGCUGAUAUGGACCUGGCCAGGAAAGAAUACGAGGCCCUCAACGCUCAGCUGGUGGAGGAGCUUCAGAGGUUCAAUGGAGCAGCAAAGAAAAUUGUGACCAAUUGCCUGUGUUGUCUCAUCACUCUCCUGAAGAACAUGAUGUCAUCAGCAUUACAAUAUUUUUCAACCAGUCAAUCCCAAUUACUAGCAAUUAAACCAGAGAAAUCUUCUCCAAGUAUCACUGAAAUACAGAAUCAGGUGCUUGAAGAGGUGCACAAUUUGAAUUGCAUCAAGGAAAACCACUGUGUAACUUUUAUUGAAAGAAAGCUGAGUUUUGAAAAAAAGAGACCUGUCCCUCUCCAGCCUGAAUUUCCCCGUCAGAAAGAAAUCCACAGGUCAAUGCUACUUUCUACGUAUAACUUGGACUUGCUGUACGAAGCCAAGCGUAAAUGCAAUGCCACGCAGGAGAUGGACAUUGAUCUUUAUGAGGGAGAAAUGGUGGCUCUCAUAGACCAAAAGGACCCUUUUGGCUGUACAAGCAGGUGGCUUGUUGAUACCGGAAUUCUUAAAGGAUACGUUUACUCUUCCUUCCUGAAGCCUUAUAAUCCAGCCAAGGCCCAAAAAACUGCUGGGGAAACCAAUUUCUGUGAGGGUGACUUUGAUAACAUCAGCCUCUUUGUCUCUUCACGACAACUGGAUGACAACAGUACAAAACCCACAGGACACAAAAGAAGUGGCAGUGGCUCUUCCUAUAAUAGCCUGUGUGAAAAAGCAUCUAUUAAUGGCACAGAAUUGGAGAGCUUUUAUGAAACAGAUGAGCAACAUACUUUCUAUGCAGUUCAUGCAUUUCAAGCAAGGAGUAAGCAGGAACUCAGUCUUCAUGAGUAUCAGCGAGUUCAGAUCCUUCGUUUUUCGGAUCUGAGUGGCAAUAAAGAAUGGUGGUUAGCUGAAGCAAAAGGACAAAAAGGAUAUGUGCCGGCUAAUUAUCUUGGGAAGAUGACAUACACAUAA